AUGAUAAAAACUGCAAAAAGUGUACCUCUCGCUCCAUUUACAGGAGGAUCUCAGAAACCACCUGAGUCUUCAAAAAAGGAGGGUAUUACGAGUAGUUGCUCUAUUGCAGAUAUUCAAACAACAUAUGAACUUCUUCAUGUUCUUGGGCGAGGAUCGUUCGGUGUUGUUUCAUUAGCAAGAGUGCGGAAAACUGGUAAAACUGUUGCUAUAAAGAAAGUUCUCUUUGACAGCCGUUUACAUCCACGUGAGCUGGUGAUCCUGCGUGACCAUCUUGGACCAGCUGCCCAACACAGUGGAGUUUCUAAUUUAAGUAACAGUAAUACCAGCCGCAAUAGAGAUGAAGGCGAAAAUGCGAAUAUGAAUAAUGUAUCUACAGAAGGGAAAUCUAUCUCAGUGGAGGAUGCUACGGCUAUUCCAACUAUAGUUCCUUAUCACCCAGGCAUAGUUCAACUGUUGGAUCAUUUUUAUGCUUGUGGAGCAAAUGGGGAACAAUACCUAUAUAUUGUAAUGGAUUACAUACCAUCGGAUAUGUAUCGUUUACAAUAUAUGUAUAUACAACAAAAACGGCAACAAAUGCCACUCAUUCUCGUUAAGGUUGCCAUGUUUCAGCUUGCACGAGCUUUGGUGUUCCUUCAUACACGUGGUAUGUGCCAUCGUGAUAUUAAACCAAGUAAUUUAUUGAUUGAUCCAGAAACAGGAGUUGUAAAAUUGUGCGAUUUUGGCGCUGCAAAGGUGAUGCAAUCAUUAGACUUUAAAGGUCCAAGAGAAAAGAAUGUACCGUAUAUUUGUUCCCGUUAUUACCGUGCUCCAGAGCUUUUGCUUGGUUCACUCUAUUACCACUUUCAUGUAGAUAUGUGGGCAUUUGGAUGUGUACUGGCGGAGUUUCUCUGUGGAGAGGUACUUUUUAAAGGUAGUACGACUGUUGAUCAGAUGGCUGAGAUUUUUAAGGUUCUCGGUGCACCAUCACGGCAAGAACUUCUUACGCUUAACCCACAAAGUGCAGAAGCGCUCACUUUGGCGUGUAGAUCAUGGUGUGAUUCCUCACCUGCGCCAAAUACUUCAAUGAGUACAACUGCUCCUCCUCCUCCUCCUGGUGCUGGUGGUGCUGCUGCUGCUGCUGCUGCUGCUAGUACGACGAGUACAACUGCUGGUAGUGAUUAUUUUCAACGAUAUCAAGCUCUACAAAUAAAAGCGCUACAAUGGCAAAAUGUGCUUCCACCCAAUACACCAGCAUCAGCAGUUUCACUGGUUGGUGAACUAUUACGGUAUACACCAACAGAGCGUUUAUCUGCUAUAGAAGUGGUACAGCAUCCAUUCUUUGAUGAGUUGUUCACAGAUGAUGCACGUCUUCCUAAUGGUGCGGCACUACCAGUGAGUAUGUUUCAAGUAACAAGUGAAGAGAGUGAACUGUUUCCUUUAUGGCUUUUAGAGCGCAUGGGAAGUGCAGAAAUAUUGGCUAAACAAUUGGCUACAGAGACUAGCAAAGAGGAGGUACCGAAACAAUAA